AUGAACAAACGCAGACUGCCCAUCGGGAUGCAGACCUUCCGCGAAGUCCGGGAGGAGAACUGCUAUUACGUGGACAAGACGGCGUAUGUCCGGCGGUUGCUGGACGAGGGCAAGCACUACUUCCUGUCGCGCCCGCGGCGCUUUGGCAAGAGCCUGUUCCUGGACACGUGCAAGGAGCUGUUCGAGGGCAACGAGCGGCUGUUCGAGGGGCUCUACAUUCACGAUCAUUGGGAUUGGUCGGUUCGCCAUCCCGUCCUUCACAUCAGCUUCGGCAGCGGCAACUUCAAAGAGCCCGGCUCCGCGCACACCCACCUGAUGGCCCAACUGGAUGCCGUCGAGCGUCAGGCGGGAGUGGCGUCGGCAUACGUCACGGGGCCCGAGCGGUUCGGCCAUUUGAUGGAAGCGUUGCACGGAAAGGCCGGGCGCACCGUCGCGGUGCUGAUCGACGAGUACGACAAGCCGAUCCUGGACGCGCUGGACACGCCGGAGGUGGCCCGCGCCAACCGCGACUACCUGCGCGGCGUCUACGCGGCCAUCGAGGACAGCGACGCGCACGUCCGGUUCACCUUCCUCACCGGCGUGAGCAAAUUCUCCAAGGUGAGCCUGUUCUCCGGCCUGAACAAUCUCAAGGACAUCACCCUGGACCCGCGCUACUCCGCCAUCUGCGGCUACACGGACGCGGACCUGGACACCGUUUGGCGGGGCAAGGAGAAGGUGUACAACCCCUUCGACGUCCUCCUGCUCUUCGACCGUCGCGAAUUCGAUGCCUGGUGGUUCGAGACCGGCACGCCCACGUUCCUGGUGGAAACGUUGUUCAAUCGCCAGGUCGGUUCCCUCGCCCUGGGCGACAUGGCCGGCACCGGGGAUCUGCUUUCGACCUUCGACGUGGACGACAUCGGCACCGAGGCCCUGCUGUUCCAGACCGGCUACCUUACCAUCACCGAUGAAGAGGACCUCGGCGGGGAGACCCUGUUUCGGUUGGGCUAUCCCAACCGGGAGGUGCGCCAGGGCCUGAACAAAAGCCUGCUGCGGCACCUGGUGCGGGACCCGUCACGGCAGAUGGCCAACAGCGUCCGCCUGUACAGGCUGUUGGAAGUCAACGACUUCGCCGGGCUGAAGACGCUGAUCCAGGCGUUCUUCGCCAGCAUUCCCUACGAGUGCGUGUUCUACUCCUACUUCGCCGGGCUCGGCCUGGAUAUCACGGUGGAGGACAGCAGCAGCCACGGCCGCCUGGACAUGGCCGUACGCUUCAACGGCAACGUCUACCUCUUCGAAUUCAAGGUCGUGGAGUUGGCCCCCGCCGGCGCCGCCAUGGCGCAGUUGCAGGAGCGGCGCUACGCGGACAAGUACCGCGCCUUGGGCCAGCCGAUACCUAAUUGGCGUGGAGUUCAGCAAGGAUGA